ACCGUUUAUUUCACUCCAAUCGAUCAAAUUGAAUCAUUAUUCAAUUCAAUAAAAAUCCAUUUCGUUGUAUUCAUCCAAAUCAUACUCCACACACCUUCACGUAUAUAAAUCAAAUCCUCCAAGCUCAUUUUCAAAUAUCAUAUAUCACAAGAAUUUAUUUAUGGCUGGUUUGAUCAACGGAUACGUUUCAUCAUCGUUGACUUCAUCUUCAUCAUGUUGGAGAAAACUGAAGAAUUCUCAAAGAAAAAAGGCUGUUAAAGUUAGUUGUGUUUCGUCUAGUCAUAUAGUUUCGGAUCCGUAUAAAACUUUGAGUAUUCGCCCCGAUGCUUCUGAAUCCGAGGUUAAAAAGGCGUUUAGACAGCUUGCUUUGAAGUAUCAUCCGGAUGUGUGUAGAGGAAGCAAUUGUGGAGUGCAGUUUCACCAGAUUAAUGAAGCUUACGAUAUGGUGAUGAGUAACUUGAGAGAAGAAACAAGUGUGGAUGAGAUGGAUAAGUACGGACCGUCGGAUGCAGGGAUCGACGAACCGAUGAGGGGAAUGGACGAUCCGGAUUGGGACAUGUGGGAAGAGUGGAUGGGUUGGGAAGGUGCAGGAAUUAGAGAUUAUACUUCACACAUUAAUCCGUACAUAUGAAAGACUUCAAGAUCCAGGGGGAGAUGAUUGUAUAAAUGUUCAGCCCUAAUUGUACAUAAGUUUAUGUUGAUUUUAUGAUUAUUAUGUAAUUAUCUCACAAUGGAAAAAAACAAAGUUGUUUUGAAUUAUCAUCCUUUUUGUUGAAA